AGCCGAGCUUGGGCGCGUGAACCAAGAGAACCAGAGGCUAAAGAGCAUGCUAAGCUAUGCGACCAACAACUUUAACUCCCUCCAAAUGCAUUUCAUCGCACUGAUGCAGGAGAGGAACCAAAGAAAUGGAAGCUUGCAAUGGCAUGAGGCCAUGCAUGAGAAAAUGGGCGAUAAGCGAAACGAACAUGAAGAUGCAAUUGUGCCAAGACGGUUUCUGAAUCUUGGACUGGCUCCGUUGGCUGAUGAGGCUUCCCACUCUCCAACCGAAGGCGGAAGCCAGGAUCGAUCCAUAUCCCCGCCUAACAAUGUGGAAGUGAUGUCCAUGGAUUACAACGUAGAGGAGAAUUACAACAGCAAAGAAGCAGUCCCUAUCGAUGGCGAGAGAUCGGAUGGCAGGGAUGUUAGGGUUACGUUUAGAGAGGAGAGCCCUGGUAAAGUGUCUCAAAGCUGGAUCCCCAACAAAGCAGCCAAUUCAUCCCCUUCAAAGAGUUCCGACCAACAAUCCCAGGAAGCCACCAUCAGGAAGGCUCGCGUGUCAGUCCGAGCACGGUCCGAAGCACCCAUGAUCACAGAUGGAUGCCAAUGGAGGAAGUAUGGGCAGAAGAUGGCGAAGGGAAAUCCUUGCCCCCGGGCUUACUACCGGUGCACCAUGGCUGCCGGCUGCCCAGUCCGCAAACAAGUUCAAAGGUGUGCUGAGGAUCGAUCGGUCUUGAUAACAACCUACGAAGGGAAGCACAGCCACCCACUUCCCCCCGCGGCCAUGGCAACGGCAUCGACCACUUCAGCGGCGGCAAACAUGCUCUUAUCUGGAUCCAUGUCGAGCACUGAUGGACUAAUGAACUCUAGUUUCCUUGCGAAAACUGAACUGCCGGGCUCGUCGAGCUUGUCUCCCAUAUCAGCCGCAGCUCCGUUCCCCACCGUGACAUUAGACCUCGCACACACUCCCAAUGUUCCAUUCCGAAGGCCAUCAACCCAAUUCCAGGUCCCAUUUCCAAAUGGAGCUGCUCCAGUUCUCGGCGCGACACCACCGACUUCUUUGCUACUGGACUUCGGGCAGACGUUCUUCAACCAAUCAAAAUUAAUCUCAGGGGUUCAGAUGUCGCCGGGCAGCGAUGGAUCCCAACUUUCACAUCCAAAGGUGCAAUCCAUCCAGCCCUCAUCUCUGGCUGACACGGUGAGCGCUGCGACGGCAGCCAUCACGGCAGAUCCAAGCUUCACCGCCGUGCUCGCAGCUGCCAUCACCUCCAUCAUCGGCGGUGGCGGCAGUAGCAGGGCUGCCCAAACAGGCAACAGCAACAAUAACAACAGUAGUGAAAACAAGAUAUGAAAUUAACUAAUAUAGAAUUGGACAUCCUUUCCUUUUCUUCUGGGAGUUUCUUCUUUUAGCGUGAUUCUUUUGUUCCAUGGGAAAGGAAAGUGAAAUUGUAUGUAUAUAAGCAGUUUUUUCGUGGUUUAAUUUGUCAUCCUGGAUGCAUUGACGCAAAA